UGCGACGUACACGAUGAAAUAAGCAACGAAAAAUAGAUUUUCGUUAAAAUCAUUUUAUUUCAUGGGAGAGUUGACAAAAUUGAAAAUUGAAGUAAAUUAAUAACCGAAGAUAUGAACACAAAUAAAAAAAAAUGUUCAUCACACACAUCGAAAACACUGGAACAAAUCCAAGAACGUUGAAAGGUUUUUUUCCAAACAUUCACAGUGAUACGGAUUGAGAUGAGGAAAAAGAGGAGGACAGCGCGAUGUUCACACAUUGCAAGUAAACAUUGAACAUGACAUUCACAAGUGAAACCAUUCAACAUUGGCGAAAAUGUGCGAUUUUGGUCUUUGACACUUCUACAGUAUGCUGACAAUCGAGCAAUCAAGUUGAGGUGAUACACCGAUUACACGGGCUAGACAGCAAGAAAAAAACACUCUUGGUUCUGUGUGAGUGUGUCAUAUCAUUCUAUACCGCAUGCACGGUUUUAGCACUGCUAUUUUCUUUUUCGUUUCGAAUCAGUAUCGUCCGUACCACUCAAUAUGCGUGACGAAAUCGGUGUAGCAGUGUGUGUAAAUUUAUGUGACAGUUAUUUCAAUAUAAAUAAGCGAAAAAAGGCAGAAAUAAACGUGUAAUCUUCCCUUGAUUUUCCUAAACGACUGAGAAAAAAACAACGAAGAAGCAUCUAUACGUUGGGAAAAAAUAGAAUACUCAAAGUGUGAGCUCGCAAAAGAAAUUGUCGCAUCAAUUUCAGUGAAAAAAAGUGGUAGCAUUUUGCAAUAUCGUGGCUGGCAUUCAAUCGUGUGUGAGGAAUGGGCGAGAGAGAUUGGCGGCCGUUUGUUUACGGAGGAGUGGCGUCAAUCACCGCAGAAUUCGGAACAUUUCCGAUUGAUACGACUAAAACUCGGCUGCAAAUUCAAGGACAAAAACAUGAACACACCAAAUUGCGAUACAAUGGUAUGACAGAUUGUUUCGUACAAAUCAGACGUCAAGAAGGUGUUAAGGCUUUGUAUUCAGGUUUAUGGCCUGCAGUACUUCGGCAAGCAACUUAUGGAACCAUAAAAUUCGGUACUUAUUAUACGCUUAAGAAAUUAGUCACAGAAAAAGGCUGGUUAAUCGAUAAGCAUGGCAACGAACGUGUUUGGUGCAAUGUUUUGUGUGCAGUCAUAGCUGGUGCAAUAAGCAGUGCAAUUGCUACACCCACCGAUGUACUAAAAGUUCGAAUGCAAGUGCAUGGACGCGGUACGGACAAAGUUGGAUUGAUUGGUUGCUUCCGGGAAAUUUAUCACCAUGAAGGAAUCUCAGGUUUAUGGCGAGGUCUCGGGCCAACAGCUCAACGAGCUGCUGUAAUUGCUGCCGUCGAAUUACCCGUGUACGACUUCUGUAAAUUGCAUUUGCUCGAAACAUUCGGAGAUCAUGUCGCAAAUCAUUUCAUAUCCAGUUUUAUAGCUAGUUUUGGUAGUGCGGUCGCUUCGACGCCGAUCGAUGUAAUUAGGACGCGUCUGAUGAACCAGAGAAAAUUAAUUACAAAUCAAUCAUCGGCACAAAAUCAAGCGGCUUUACGAUUGUACAAAGGGAGUAUAGAUUGUGGCAUCCAAACGGUGCGCAAUGAAGGAUUUCCAGCGCUGUAUAAAGGCUUUAUUCCAACGUGGGUGAGAAUGGGCCCGUGGAACAUAAUAUUCUUCAUAACAUACGAACAACUCAAACAAAUGCACUGAAUGCGCGCCCAUUGUAUUGCUAUUGAAAAUUGAUCACCGAAUCGUUGUACUGAGACGAAUCAAGAUGUAACUUUGAUCAGAAUUGAAUUCUUUGUCAAUUGUGUUUUGUGUGUUGAACAGAUUUUUAUAAUAUUUUAAUACAAGAAGAAUGGAAACAAAUAGUACUACAUGAAAAACCAAAAACCAAAAAGAAAACAAGAACGCGUGAUAAAUAGAAAAUGAGACGACUUAAACUUAUAAAAUAGGACAAUUACAUUCUUUAUAAAGCUGUUUACCAAUUUCAACAAGCCGAAGAGAAUAAACAUGAACGUUAGGAAAUUCUUUCAAUGAUUUCCAGACAUUUGUAUAUUUGUAUCACUCACUGCAUUUACAAUUUUACUGCAAAAAAAUAAAACUAUAGACCAUUUGUUAAUUUCCAAAUAAAAACCAUUCAAUGGACAAACAAACUCAA